AUGCCUGCCUACUAAGUGAUCGACGUCGUCAGUUGUUCGCCGUCACCGUCGCCGGAAACCGGCGAACCCGAUGAGAAGCCGUAUUUCUGUCAGCGAUGCCUCAAUCACGGUGGAUUCUAUCCGCGAAAAGGCCACAAACCGCACUGCGAAUAUCUAACGUGUCAGUGCAAUGAUUGCGCGAUGGUCGAACAACGCCGACGCCUCAACAGCGCGUUGAGUCGGCGAAAGAAGGAGCUGAACCCGCAGGCAACCGUCAAAGGCAAAAGGGUCCGCGAUCCGCAGUGCGCUCGUUGCAGCACUCAUGGGGUCAACGUUCCGCUUCGAGGCCACAAGAAAACCUCAUGCCCGUUCAAUAAAUGCGAAUGCGAUAUGUGCGAGUUGGUCGAGGUUCGCCGCGGUCUGAUGGCGAAGCAGAUCAAGCUGCGUCGCCAACAGCAGCGUCUACGCAACGGCGGUGUGCCGAAAAUCGCGCAGCCGAAGCCGAUGAAGACGACGGCGGCGGCGACGAAGCGCGCCGAGCGAACGCGUCGCGCUUCAGUAUCGGCGCCAUCAUCGCCGGCCUCGUCGGACGUUUGCACACCGCCGCCAAUGCUCCAAAUGCCGAUCGACACAAUCACACCGCCGCCAUUGGCGCCAACGAGCCCGAUGCUGUUCGCGCCGAUUCCAAUGUUUCCAUCGUUGCUCUCGCAGCCGCUCAUGUUCCAGAAUCCGCUAUUCGCACAGCUUCUCAUCCAGCAACUACAAUUCCCGCCGCAACCGCAAAUGCCCUACUUCAAUGCGCUUCUUCCAUGA